GAUCGGUUACAGCGGGAGACGCUGUGUCGUCGUCUAUAUAGACUCCUUCCUCGACCCCCUCCCAUUGUUUCUCGAAUCUCGAUCGUAGCUUCCUUCCUUCCUCCCUCUCCCUAUCAGGGUCAUCCGGCUCGUUCGUCCGAAGUUGUUCGACCGAGGCGAGAUGACGGGCAAGCGGAAGGCCGGCGACGACAUUAAAGGGCCAAGGCAUCGGGCUGCUAGGCAGACGGAGGAGCCUACAGCCCUUACAUCGGCGCAGACUUCAGGGCCGACGACGGCGAAUGCAGCCGGCGACGGCAUUGCCGUGACUUCGCCGGCGAUGAGGUGGCUGUUGGCGGUGACUUCAGGCUACCCCGUCGACUUUUCCCAGUUCGAUGGAGCCGCUCCCGGGGCCGAGGACGGGUCGGGGUACAGGGGAUUCUCCCAGUCGCAGGCGCAUGGGAGGGCGCCGCAGAUGCCAUCUCAGGGGAUGCGCCGGCCGCCGCUGGGCAAUCCAGCCGGUGGGCGUCGGUCCUUCACUAACCAGUACCACGGGCCGACCGGCCAUGGUUCGCUCUCCGGCCAGACCCAGAACCACGCCGCGGUCCCCACGCAGACAGGAAACGGGCAGACGGCCGGUUCGCUCUCCGGCCAGACCCAGAACAACGCCGCCGACCCCAGGCAGACAGUACCAGAGCAGCCGGCCGGUUCGCUCCCCGGCCAGACCCAGAACCACGCCGCUGGCCCCAGGCAGACAGAAACAGAGCAGCCGGCCGGUUCGCUCCCCGGCCAGACCCAGAACCACGCCGCCGGCCCCAGGCAGACAGGAACAGAGCAGCCGGCCGGUUCGCUCUCUGGCCAGACCCAGAACCACGCCACCGGUCCCAGGCAGACAGGAACAGGGCAGCCAUGCGGCAACUCCGGUGACGCCGGCGGGCAGCCUUCGUCGGCAGUCCCUUGCGCAAGCGCGCCAGGUGCUCCAGUCAGUUCCCUCGAUCGACUGUGCACUCUUUGCAAGAGGUCCACGACCGGUGUUUGGGGCUUGGUGCCAUUGUGUGUGGAUUGCUACAACAAGCUCGUCACCAACAACGUGCCUCCACAGCACCCGGAGACCCCCUACGCGCCUCCGGUUCCAGUGCCCAGCUUCGGUGGCGCGACGCAGGGUCAGGGCAUCGCCAUUGGCGACCAGCGCCAGCCCGACCUCGGCCAGCCUUCUUACGCGGGGCUGGCACGGACUGCCGUCGGCCCACUCACAAUGGCACCGAGUGCUGACAUGUGCUGUGUAUGUGUUGACCUAGAGCUAACCAUGUGGGUUUUGGGCACGUCGCCCUUGUGCGAGGCUUGCUACAACUGUAUGUUCGUCGACGGCGAAGCGCCUCCGCAGCACGCGCAGACCGGCUACGUGCUCCCGAGUCAAGUCCCCAGCUACGCGGGUGCGCCUCAGGGGACAGUCCCUGCCAGUGAGCAGCAGUACCAGGCUGCGGCCAUUAGGCCUUCUUCCGGUCCCAGCUCGAGCUUGGCCGUCGGUUCGGGCCCGAUCUGCCAGGCUUGCGGCCACCCCUCCGGCGCCGGCAACAGGGCUUGCGGUGUUUGCAACCGCAACGGCUCGCCGCCGCCAGGGCUCGGCUAGCUCAUAUCUCGCCGCUCCAAUCAGUGUACGGCAUUACUUUGAGGGAGACUGUCUUCUGAACUCUGAGAGCCUUCUCUGCUUGCUCUGUUUUGACAGAGAUGCUGCUUUGAGUAGUGAUGAUUCUUGUGAUAUAUGCCGUGGCAACACAUACAUACAGUAGAUCAGUGACACGUAUAUUUGUGCUUGUUUCCUUUUUCAGUGCUCUGACAUUAUAUCCGAUUCGUUAAUCUUUGAUUUGCUUAU